AUGGAAAUAGUGUACAAGCCAUUGGACAUACGCAACGAAGAACAGUUUGCCAGCAUCAAAAGACUAAUAGAUGCGGAUUUAUCAGAGCCAUACUCGAUAUACGUAUAUAGAUAUUUCUUGAACCAAUGGCCUGAAUUAACGUACAUUGCCGUGGAUAGCAAGAGUGUUACUCCCAAUGUACCCAUUGGGUGCAUUGUGUGUAAGAUGGACCCACACAGGAACGUCAGACAAAGAGGAUACAUAGGAAUGCUUGCCGUGGAAUCCACGUACCGCGGACAUGGCAUAGCGAAGAAGCUGGUCGAGAUCGCCAUCGACAAGAUGCAGAAGGCCCAUUGCGAUGAGAUCAUGCUGGAGACAGAGGUGGAAAAUGCGGCCGCUCUGAACCUGUAUGAAGGAAUGGGAUUCAUCAGGAUGAAGCGGAUGUUCCGCUACUACUUGAAUGAAGGGGACGCCUUCAAACUGAUUCUACCGUUGACUGAGAGAAGCUGUACCCGCUCAACGUUCCUGAUGCAUGGCCAAAUGGCCUAG